UUCACUUAAUUCGCGGUUUUGUGAACAUUGUUUUAAUUCUUCUAAUUUUAAUUUAAAAAUAAAAAAAUAGUUAACAGUCAUUUCUACCAUGCCUAUGAGAUGUGCUGUGGGCGAUCACGAGCUAGUGGACGGAGUUAACGUCACAGAUCCCAAGAUUAUAAACUUUAUUAAAAAACUUCACAAGGACUUUCGAACUUUGUCGGUAAUAUGCAAGAACUGCAAACGACAUGCGGAAUAUAUGUACGAGGUCAAAAUGAAGCGAGCCAUAGCAAAGGCCAGAGAGAAACGUUCGUCCAGAAGUAACAUAGAUUCCGUUUCCUCUGCACAUAUCUCAAGUAGUAGUUCCAGCCGUAUAUCUACUGACUCCAUAGACGCAAUGGUGAAUAAGACCCCAUUGCAUCGUUCAUUGCAAAACCAAAGCCAUCCAAAAAUGAUCGUGUCACCCGCGAAAUCUAACCAGGAAAGAAGUGUUUUAAAGAACACAACAUCUCGGAAGAAUUUAUCUCUAUCAUUAAUGCAGAAACAGCUUGAACAACGAGUUAUAAUUCCAACAGCAUCAAAUGCUAUGGCGCUGUCAAAUAAACCUAGAAUUCAGACGAUGGUUUCAAUUCCCAGUGACUUGAUUUUUUCUCCAACUAUAUACCAUGACGAUGAUGUUCAGAACACUGUAGAUGUGCAGACAAGUAAUUCUCUGACUAUGGCCAUGAAUGGUGGUAGAAGAGGAAGUAGUAGCGACAGAGAAAACCAAAGUUUUCAGACGACAAUAACUAGCAGCAGCACUAAAACGGCAGAGACUGUGGUUCAAGUACCUCAACCGCUUACCUCCAGAGAUAAUAGCCUGCAAGCGACAGAUUUUACAAGGAAGACGGAAAAUACCUCUGCGGCUACAACAACAACCACAGCCAAUGUCAACAAUCGUACUAGCACAUAUACCAUAGCUUCGGCAACUGUUAUGCUGCCAUCGCCACCUUCCAAUGUUCGAUUGUCACAAGAACCUUCGACCAGUACAGCUGGAGCUACCAAAAAUACAAAAAGCGUAAAUACAACAAAGGCAGCAACACUCAAAUCGACUUCAACCAACGUUCAGACGACGGCAGCUGGUGCAAAAAUUAAAACAUUUUUAAAACUUACGCAUACAGCAAAAGUCACUAAGGCAACAUCGAAGGUUUUACCAUCAACAACAGCUUCUACUUCUUCGUCAAGUGCUGUUGUAUCCACUGCUGCUGCAAAUAAUGCUCAGCAAUCUUCGCAAAUUCGUUUAUCCCAAGAGCCAAGCACCAGUAAAGGGAUUGUAGUUGCCACUCCUAGAAGUCAUAAUGCUGCAACAGCAACAGCAACAAGUGGAAAACGGCUAUUCUCAGCACAUCAGACUUCCGAUGAUGCUGAGGUUGAUGAUGAUGAUGACGAACCGAUGUUGAGUUUAAAUGCUUUCAAUGGCACGCGUUUACCCCAUGUUCAGCCCAUAAUCAAGAGAAGUCGUCAGAAUUUCACUCAUCCCAACCCUGAUGUCAUGGAUAUUUAUUUAAAAGGCAUAACAGGCGGCUAAUUGCAUUUAAUUGGAAGACAAAUAUUUGCCAACAUUGAAAGCGCGUUUGAUGCCAACUACUCUAUCUUUAACAUUUGUUAUUGCCCAUAAUCUAAAUUAUUGGCGAUUUAAUUGCCUUUUUCUUAUUUAAUGUUAUCUAUUAUUCGUAAGCCUAUGAUAAAGUGUAGAUUUCUUGAUGUCAAGCACUUUAAUCGUUAUUUUGAUAAUUUUGAUUAGCUUGAUGCUAAUUAAUCUCUUUAUCAGGCAAUCUUGACCCUAUUCGAAAUUUGUUAA